AAAACGAAGCACCUAAAAAGCAACCGGAUCAUAUGAGUGGAGGAUUCAAAUGGGCAAGCUCAAUGAUAUCACUUGCAAGUGAACUUGCAAAUGAUAUUGAUGGCCUUGAAGUAUCUUCGUUCGUCGACGAACCACCAGGAUCAGCAACCGCGACCGAUAAACCACCAGGAUCAGCAACCACGACCGAAACACCACCACGAACACAGAAUGUGUUGGGUGAUGUUGAAUUGCAAAACA